GUUCGCGGUCCAACCAACUUUCCAGCUUCAUUUUUUCCAGUUCAUUAUUUCUUGACAGAGCACACCACAGCACAACAAGGUCUUGCCAUCAAUAGCUAGCUAGUCCAUAGACAACCUCCAACUACAUAAUCAUGGCGGGCAAGAACAAUAAUAAACGACAACAUCAGUAUUCCAAAGCUAGCAAGAAGAAGAAGCUUAAAAAGGGAGAGGAACUUGAAAUUGACGAACGAGAAUUGGAUCGAUUUGCUGGAUCCAGUGAUGAGGAAGGGGAACAUAAUGGCAAACAAAAGAAAAGAGUGGAUGAUGAUGAUCAAGAGGAUGAAGCAGUUGUGAGUUUGGCAUCCUCCAGUGAUGAGGAAGAUGCUGACCAAGAGGAAGUAGCAGGCUCUUCCAAGAAACAGAAAAAGAAGAAACAGGCAAAAAUGACCAAACAGAAAAAGAAGGUGGAACACAAAUCAUCAGAUGAGGAAGAAGAGGAUGCACAAACUGAGGCAAAACAUGACGAUGAUGAUGAAGGUGUCGUUGGAGAUGAAGAAGAUUCGGAAAGUGAAGAAGAGGACGAUUUUUUCGACAAUAAACACAAACAGGGAGCCGCGGGAAUGGCCAAUGCCAUGGCCAAAAUUCUGGGAACAACUUCCACACAAAAGUCGUCAGCCGUCUUGUCCAAAACCACCACACCCCUCCAACGACAGUUACAGCAAGAAAAAGAAGAGGCACAACAGCGCAAAGACAAGCGACAAGGCAAAGAAAAAGAACCACUGCCGGCACUCCACAUUCCCCUUUCCGUGGCCACGUCUCUGACACUAAAUGAAGACAGCAAAAGUAGUGUCGCCCAGGAAUUGGAACAAGAACGACUCCAUCGACGUGUGGCCACACGAGGUGUAGUGGCACUGUUUAACGCUGUGGCACAACAUCAACAAGAACGAAAGAAAAAGCAAGAAGAAACGACACAUGUCAAGAACAAGGAGGUACAGAAAAUGACCAAACAUGGAUUCUUGGAUAUGAUCAAGACUGCGGCAGCCGCCAAUACAACUGGCAACAAGAACAAGGAGGAAUCAUCCUCUAAAAACAACAAGUCCACCAGCAAAUGGGCUGCCAUGCAGGAGGAUCUGCUGCUCAAUCCAAAAAAGAAUUGGGAUGAAGAAGAGGACGAUGAUUCACUGGACAAUGACAGCAACAAUGAAAAAGAUAUUGAAGAUAUGAAGAGCGAAAAGGAUGAUGAUGCUGAUGAAAAGAAAGGAUCCUCCAAGGACGGAGCCAGUGGUAAAAAGGGCGAAGCGAGCAAGCACAAAAAGAAGAAACGAAAGCAAUAAACAAUACUGUAG